AUAUAGUAUGAACACAUUGACACAAUUACUUUUUAAAAUUCUAUUCCAGAAACCUCAUUUGAGUAUUUCCAGACGCGGCAUCUUAAAUAAAUCUAAAUAAAUCAUUGGGAGGGAAACACAAAUGUACGUUCUGCCGAGAAGUAAUUAAAUGUGUCGUGACGAAAAUAUUUUGGGAUGCUCAGUGUUCCUUGAUUAUUGCCUGUUUUUUAAGGGAAAUAUGUUGUCUCCCCCCCCUCCCCCCACCUUGUAUUUGACCAAUGAACACCACUUAACAAUUUGUUGAGUGUUUUUCGUGACGAAUUCUUCUUACCAUUUGUUUUACCUUGUCACGUUCUUUUACUUUCGGUUUACGUUCCAAAGUUCAGCGAUGAGACAUACUGAAACGAGUUGACGGUGGCCGACGUUCCGCACAGCUGACCUAACGACCUCACCUCUUUUCCGAAAUUGAGUUUGUUCCAGCGACCUAUCCGGGGGAUAAAAAUUCAAUACAUUCAUUUUUUGUUUUUCACGCUUUAGGCAACAUGACCGCAAGAGUUGAAACCAGCGACGUAACUUCUCCGGUUAGCUAUAAAGCUAACGCUGCUACUCAUUUGAAGAAGAAAACAACUAUUUACGUCGUUUAUGUAAUCGCUGCGUUGGACAUAACAUGGAUGUUUUUACAGUUCUCCAUAACGCCGUUUUUGGCAAGGAAACUGGGCUUUGACACUUUGUGGUUUGGUUAUUUACAAACCACGGUUGGUGUCAUGCAGCUGUUUGGCGGGCCUUUGUUUGGAAGGUUUGCGGAUGUUCUCGGGGCCCGAGCAGCAAUGUCAUUGGCAUGCACCGCCAACAUUGUUUUCUUCAUUCUACUGGCUAUUGCAGACUCUCCUGUCAUGCUUUUUGUGCACAAACUCCCCACAAUUGUCAUGCAUGUCCUCCCAGCUUCUCAGAUGGUUGUAUCAGACCUUUCAGAUCCCGAAAAACGUGCCGAUGGACUUUCCAAACUAGGACUCUGUUUUGGCAUUGGAAUGAUAGCUGGCUCCACUAUAGGUGGCCAUCUUGUCAAAAGCUAUGGGGAGAGAUUUGCUGCGUGCAGUGGUGCUGCUGGGAGCGCAUUCAGUUUGCUGUUGGUAUUAAGCUUUAUUCCUCGAACCACUAAAGUUCAAAGUCCAGCCUCCAAAACAGAUUCGGACACCAAAAGCAAGUCCAUAUUUGAUGUUGGCCAGAUCACAAGACUCAUGAAGUUUCCAGGCGUGACACCGACCUUUGUUGUGAAGAUUGUUUCAGGCUUACCAUCAGGCAUUUUCCAAGUGAUGUUCUCUAUAAUCACAUUGGACUUUUUCAAGUUGACACCUGAGCAGAAUGGAUACAUAAUGGCAUAUUUUGGAAUAGCUCAGAUGGUGGUUCAGGGCGGAGUGAUUGGGCGACUUACAUCAAGAUACUCUGAGAGUUCACUGCUACUUCUGUCUAUUGGAAUUUCUGCUUUUGUGGGCCUGGCUCAGGCUCACAUGCAGAAUGUGUUCCAGUUCUGCCUGACUGUGGUCCCCAUGAUCUUGUCCCUCAGCAUUUUUAAUGUCAUCACAGACAGUUUGCUCACCAAAAGUGUACCUCCCUCUGAUACAGGCACAAUGUUGGGACUGUGUGCAUCAGUUCAGUCUCUACUUCGGACAGUUGGACCGACCAUUGGCGGCUUCCUCUAUGUGAACUAUGGCAUUUUCUCCAUCGGCUUUCUUCAGUUUAUUGUAAAUAGUUUUGUGCUUGCAUACCUGCUGAAGCGUCGACUCAACAAGAAAGAUGGAUAUAAAGAAUGAUACCCUUAAGCUUGUCAAAUCUUCCUCAUAUCUCCCAACCAGUUCGACAAAAAAAAUUAAGGUGGGUUUUUCCAACCAUAUUUAAAUGAUUCCAAUGUAUAUGCAAGCUUAUUUUCCUAUUCAAAUUACUUUUUUAGGAACACAGUGACCCCUAAAUUUUAGGGCGCACAUUGUAAAUCUUCACAUUUCCACUCAUUUUUACUGUAUUACUAAUAAAUAGGCUGCAAUGUGGAGUACUAGUUCAUCAGCAACAAAACCUAUUCAAAAACAGUGUAAAAAAAAAAAAAACCAACAAAAAAUAGCACAUUUACCGGUCACACGUUCAAUUAGAUGAAACAUUUAUUUGAACUGCCUCAAAUUUUUGCGGCACAAUACUGCUAUUUAGAAACAGACUGGAGCCCUGUGACCAUUAUCUAACUAUAGCUAUAUGGUGAUGCUCAGUGCCGUUAAAUUGUGUGUGUGUGUGUGUGUGUGU